AUGGGAAUCCUUGAUGGGAUUAUCGUGGGAAGCGGUGCUGGGACUCUCAUGGGAACUUGUGGAGGGGUUUUCAUGGAAAUUCGUGGAGGGCUUCAUGUGGGAGAUCCUGGGGGGUUUUCUGUGGUGAAUCUUUGGGGGAUGCCCGUGGGAGAUCCCGGAGGGAUUCUCAUGGGAAGUCGUGGAAGGAUGCGCGUGGGAAGUUGUAGCAUCAUGUCGAUGAGAAACUGUGAAGGGACCAACGUGAGAAAUCCUGGAGGGAUUCGUAUGGGAAACUGUAGAGGAAAUCUUACGGGAAGUCAUAGAGGGAUUCUUAUGUGUAGUCGUGGAGGGAUCGUUAGGGGAAGCCAUGGUGGGACUCCUCUGGGUAACCGUGGUGGGAUCCUUAGAGGAAGUGGUCGUGGGGUUCUCAGGAUAACUCGACGUGGGAUUCAUAUGGGUAAUCGUGGAUGGAUGCGGCGUACUCGUUGGAUUUGCAUGUUUAGUGGUCUUAAAGUAUGUGUUAUUUACAGCUGCCUUAGCCAGUCCAAUUCGGUUGUUACCAUGGUCGAAGCUCUUCAUUCCUUUCGUACCAACCCUUUUAUAGAGCGGUGCCCUAAAAUCAGAAAUUGA